AUGUCAAGCAUAACAACAGUGAUCAGACACUCCAGUUUUUGGAAUGAACAGAGUUGCUUUGUUAAUUACAAACUAGAUGCAGUUGUCUUCAAAGAUUAUUGUUCAUACGGUGAUUUGGUUGAAAUUAUAGCAAUUCAUUUAGGUGUUGAUAUUAGCAGGAAAACGAUAUUAAUAAAAUAUGUUGUUGAAAGAGACAAUAUGCCAAUGAAAAUACACAACGAUAUGGGAGUGAGGGUGUAUGUUGAGCUUAAAAGAGAAAACAAGGGAUUUGAAGCAUAUCCGUUGUGCGUUAGCAUAACUGAUAAUGAUCUUGAGAAUUUUGUGUCCGGCGAAUUUGCAGUUGGAGACGAUAUGUUUCAACUUGAAUUUAAUGAUUAUAUGCAUGCUAUGGACGUAGUUGAUUCAAAUGAUUUGGAUGCGUCGGAUUGUGCUAAGGCUGUUGUUUUAUUUGAAAACAAUGAUAACUUGACAAUUUCGAACAAGGAACAGAAGGAUGUUUUUGGUGAUCAAAUCUACAAAGAUAAGGAUACUCUGAAGAAUUUUAUGGCGAAUUAUGCAAUUCCCAAAAGAUUCAAUUUCAGGACAGAGAGGUCGAAUGCCAUAAGUUGGAUUGGAUUAAAUACAUUGAAAUAUGCGCUUUACACUCUGGUAUGUUGUUCAACUGAUUGUCAUUGGAAAUUCAGAGCUUCAAGUAUUGCGAACUCUGAAAUGUUCAGAGUGAGAUCUUUUCAUGAUGAACAUACGUGUCCAUUGAAGGACAAAGUGUAUUCCCAAAGGCAAGCAACAAGUUGGUUGAUUGGGGCGUCAGUUGUUAAGCCAAAAAUAGCAAAUCACAAGAGGAAAUAUACACCUGAUGAUAUAGUAGACGACGUAAAAAAUGAGUAUGGCGUUGAUGUUUCUUAUAUGACGGCCUGGAGGGCUAGAGAAAAGGCAAUGAAUGAAUUAAGAGGGGAACCAAUAGAAUCAUACAAGAAGUUACCGGGAUAUGUGUACAUAUUGGAUAAAACAUACCCUGGAUCACAUGUGAGAAUGCACAAAUCACAACAAAAUGAGUUCUUGUAUUUGUUUAUAGCACUUAAAGCGUUCAUAAAAGGCUUCGAGUGUUGUAGACCAAUAGUUGUAGUAGAUGGUUCCCACCUUAAAACUAUAUAUAACGGUACUUUUGUAUCAGCCAGCACGUUGGAGGGUGCAGGUAAUAUUCUACCAUUGGCAUAUGGUGUGAUAGAUUCAGAGAACGAUAAGUCUUGGACGUGGUUCUUUGAGCAGUUCAAGCAAGCUUAUGGGAAUAGGGAUAACAUGUGUGUUGUAUCAGACAAACAUGAGAGCAUCAUUAAGGCGAAAAAUGUGACCAAGAAAUACAAGUCGAAUGAUGAAGUAUUGAGUCCUGUAUUCUAUGCACUUGCAAAAGCAUACACACAGGCCGAGUUUGAUAAGCUGAUGGAGAAGAUUGAGAAGGUUGAUUUUCGGAUAAAAGAGUACUUGGAGGAUGCUAGAAGGGAAAAGUGGGAUCGACUGUAUUCACCCGUUAACAGAGGAUGGACAAUGACCUCAAAUAUAGCCGAAUGUAUUAAUGAAAAAUUGGUUGAACCAUCAACUGAAUAUGUGUAUACCGUAAAUGAUGAGGCAAGGUGUUUCAUAAUUGAUCUUAAAAAGAAAACAUGCAGUUGUCGGAUGUUCCAAAUGGACGAGAUACCAUGUCCACAUGCAUGGGCUGUAUUGAAGAGUAAAAGUCUUAUGCCUGUUGAAUAUUGCUCAGACCUAUUCAAACCAAAGACAGUGAUUAAGACGUAUGAUGUGCCGUGA